CUUACGGUCUCUACUAACUUCCUCUUCCUUUUGUUCCUUACGCUUGUUGGUUCUGCUCGUGCGCAGGUCUACAGAUGUUGAUUUUGCCUAAAGGACUGUCGGUUUAGCACUAAACGCGCUUUGUUUGUACUGCAACUCUCCUGAAAAAGAUCGGUUUUGAACAACAGCUCUCUCCUUCGUCACAAUUUCGUCCCCACACUGGGAAUUUUCGUUUCAUUUUCAAUCGUGCAAAAAUUCAUCCUCCCGCCACCUGAAAUCGCUGUGAAAAUUAUUCGUGUUGUCUUUCGCGUUCCGUACGUUUUCACUUACCGCGUUCGGUUUUUGCGACCUGCAAGAGUAAUCGUGAAUUGCGUUAACGUGAUUGAUCUACAACUUUCAGUUCCCUGGUAGUGCUCUUUUCUAGCCGCCCCUAGGUUCUUUUUCAAGUUCUGUUUUUAGCAAGUACCCCUUGAAUUAUCGCAAUAGAUGCAAAGAAUCAUCACAAAGCUUUACUGCUGAAGCACAGAAUGCAUGAGAAGCAGCUAGAAAAAAUUCAAUAUUCCCUUCACUCAGAAAAGCAUACAAACCGGCGCCGAAAUCACAUGGUGCUAAUUCACCUCGGUCCCCACAAAUAGAAAUAACCUCGUUUCAGCAUCAGAGACCGAAGGCGGUUCCUUAUUGCCGGCCAACGAACGAUUUUAAAGUAAUUCUACCAGUAGGCUAUGAUUCCCUGGAACCCGCCCCGCGGCCCUGGGCAGAAGGGUUUCGACUACUUGGAUCCGAGACACAAGGCGCCGCCGCUGAAUAAGGACUUUUUGUGGGAUCGGGAACUGCUCCUGCAGCAGAUAUCCCAGUUUCUGAAGCGCGGGGAGCACGGGAACGCCGAGUCGGCUUUUUUGAAGUUUUACCACCUGAUCCAGGAGCGCCCCGCCGGGGACCUGUUUUCCGCGGAAGCGCAACUGCACCUGUCGCUGACCAUGCGGGUGAUCCACGAGAAAUACGCGGGGAGCCCGAGUCGCACGAGAAACUUGUUAAAGGAGUGCUUCUUGGAGAUCCUCGCGAGUGGAAGAGAGCAACACGAGUUACUGCAGCUGAGCGGGACAUCUUCAAGCACUAGUGCAAAUACUGCAACUACAGGUCCGGCGCUCUUCGGCGGGAAGCAGCCGCCCCUGCACGCUAGUAUCAACAGCACGUCUACAUUACCAGCCUCAGAUAUGGAUGUGUCAGGAUCGAAAUCGACAAAGUCGAAAAAUUUGCGAUGCGUAAAAUGUAGGGCACUGGAGGCCUGUAUUGGGGAGCAGGCAAAUGAGACCGAUUGUAAGCGUGAUUAGGGGUAUGCAAUAUGCUGCCACAGUAGCAUGACAGGAGCAGUCUUCUUUGCCCAAACAGCAUGACAGACUGGAUUUGGGUGCUCUCGAAAUUUGUCAUGCGCCGCUUACAAUUUGAGGCUCCAACUGGUAUCGACUUUAUGCAUCACAAAUUUUUCGACUUUGUCAAUUUCGGUUCUGACACUUCCAUAUCAGAGCGGUUCAAUGACCGUGGGGGUACGCAGUUACACGACGGGGGUUUUCUGGACUCAGAAAAGCGGGAAAGAGUGAUUUCGGUCGGGCCGGGCGGGGUGCCACAAGUGCAAAAGCGGGUCGGAAUUAUGCAGGACGCGAGUGGGGGUGACCACGGUGCUGGAGUACAACAACAGGUAGUCGGGAACAACAAUGGAUCGCCAUCUUCAAGUACAACUAUGCAGCAACAGAGUCCAGCAGGUACUGGAGGUGAUAUUAAUCAACAGGGCCCGCAAUCGCAAUCCUCAUCCGCCUUUGAGCAGAAAUCCGGAAGCAAAUCCUCGAGCCCGAACACGCCGCGAGGGGCGGGCUAUGACAGUGCACAACUUCCCCUCCCCCUCAUUUGUAAUGCAAAAUCCCAAAUCCAGCUGCUGCCUUGUAGCACUGGUUGCAUGACAAAUCCCGGAAGCUCAAACAGCACUACACUCCAAUGCAAAUUUGUAAUGCAAAGCCGGCACUGUUGCUGCUGCUUGUAUUGCCGUUCAUGCUAUACAAAUGAGGGGGAGGGGGAGUUGUGCACUGUCAUACGGGCAAGUCGGUGAACAUAAAGACGUCCCUUACUACCAGCAGCAGAAAGAACGCGCCGUCCAGCGGCAUGCAGGAGCGGCUCAAUCAGGUGAAUCUAAUCGUACCGCCGGCACCGCUGUUCGUGCACCCCUGCGUCGCUGACCGGGGACAGGCCAGCUCCGUCCCGCUCUUUCCGUACAAGAUGUGACGAGUGGUUGGAGUUAUUUUCUUGGCGAGGCCGCACUUCAAAAAGUUCCGAUCUCGAUUUUUUGAUGGAUGCCUGCCAUUUGUUUCCUAGUUUCUGAAUUUUUUUCAUAGAAGCAUAUGUGAUAGAUUGUGUAAGUAGUUCGCUAUCGCUACACAAACACACGAAUUCUGCCCCUGCUCGCUGGAGUAGGACCCAAAGCUACUUUUUGUACUUACUGCCCGUAGGGCAGUUGUACUCCUGCCCAUGAACAGAGCAUGUUAAUGUUCUAUUUUCUUGUUGAACCACCCCACCAAGAAUUUCCUCCCGAAAUGAAAGCAAGGACA